AUGGAUGGAGACGUGAUCCUCGCAUGUCAAAAUCGAGACGACCAUGUCACAAGAGCCUUCCGUGUCUCGAGUAAGGUCCUUCGGCUUGCAUCUCCAGUCUUUGCUGGAAUGUUCAGACCUCAGUUUGAAGAAGGAAAUCUAUUACUGCAAAAAGAGUGUCCUGUGGUUGAGCUCAAAGAAGACGAUGCUUCAAUUAUGAGCGUCAUACUUGAGAUUCUUCACUUCCGUUGCGAUAUCGAGGACGAUAACACAGACUCGGAAACGCUGGCUCGCCUAGCGAUUCACUGCGACAAGUACGAUCUGUCUAAGUCUCUGGGCCCAUGGGUAGCCUUCUGGUUCGGAAAGGCCAAGAGUGUGGUCACGUCGACGAAUGAUCUGGGACGUCAGCUCCUGGCGGCGUAUACUUUCAAUGUUUCCAAAGAGUUUAAAGCAAUAUCCGAGACGGCUUUGAAAACGGUCUCUCCUGGAUUCGAAGACGAUUGGGAAACCCAGGAGCUAUUGGCCUCGCUGCCUGUCAAUAUAAAAGAUGCAAUGUCACUCCGAAUCAAGCGAACACUGGAUGUUCUUGAAACAGAAGUUCAGAAAGUCGAGGCGACGUUGCGCCUAUCCUUGAGGAGCUACGAGACGUCACAACGCACGUGUACUGUAUGCGGGAGAACGCAUCCUGAACAGGCGAAAAGAUGUCACAGGUGUAAAUCGUCAGACCUUCCUCUGAAUUACUGCGGAAGAGACACCAGAAUCGCAGAGUAUUUUGCGAUUCUGCGAAAAGCGGAGCUAUGGCCUACUCUGCAGCCCUUUGGAAAUUGUUCCAUCUCGGAUAUCAUGUUUCGAAUACUUUGCGCACAAACAGAUGUCAAUCAUGCCUGCUCAGCUGGUCAAUCUUGUCCCUUAUUUGUGAAUCUUGCUAAACUCACAGACAAGGCGAGGCGCGUAGAGAAGAAAAUUCGCGGCUUCUGCUUGCUCUGUAUCCGAGAAGACUAUGAAUGGGACGAGAGUAAGAGAUGUACGCAUUUAUAUGAUUAA